CCCGCCGCAAAAGAUGGCCAGCAACGACCUCCAAUGGCUGCUUCUCCGCAAGCACAACUCGUUUUUCGUGAAGAAGGUCGCGGAGGGCCCUAUUUUCUCGAAGGAGCCGGGUAACCUCACCAACCUCCACUCGCACAAGUACUCUGGCCUUUCCAACUCCAAGACCAUUGAUGUGAGCGCGACCGAGGGUGGUGUCAAGCUCACUACCCGCAAGAAGGGCGCUUCACCACACGCUGUGCACUCCAGCUUUGUCACCUCUGCUGUCCGCCCGCGCUCUGGCACGCGUCGCGCGCUCGGUAUCGCCGCUAAGCUCGCGAGGCGCGGCUACCGCCCCGACCUCCGCCAGGCUACUCUUGCUCGCGUCUCCGCCAUCCUCGAGUCGCAAAAGGAUAACAAGCCGUCAUACCCGAAGAAGCUGCGGGGAAAGAAGAAGAACAUUGGUCUCUAGGCUCAUUGUGGAGGUAGUCUGUUUUGUAUUUUCUCGCUUAUCUCUCUCUCCACCAUUGCAAUUGCAUCUCGCAUGUCUAUGUCUACG